AUGAAAGCAGAUAGUUUUUAAACUAAAUUCCUAGUUCAAUAAAUUAAGAAUAAAAUAGAUCCAAAAAAAUAUUAUUCUUCUUUCAAUCUUGGAACUAGUGUUUUUACUUCGAAAAUUAAAUCAGAAGAAUCUAUUGAUAAAAAACUAUCUGUUAGUUAACCUAUGUCACCUAGUUAUUUAAAGGCUAUGAGAGCUUUAUAAGAUAGAAUAAGAACUUUAGAAGGAGAAAAUGGUAUUUUAAAUGAAUAAAUUGUAUGAUCAAAUCAUUAAACAUUUAUAGAAUAUAUCAUAAAAUUAUUGUACAACUGCUCAUGUGAAAAGUAAAUAAAGAAAUAAAGUUGAAAAGCUUUUAAGUACUAUGACUAAGAAUGAAAUCUUUUAAAAAGAUAAAAAUGAUGAUAAAGAUUAAAAAAUUAAAGAACUUGAUAAAAAGUUAAGAUAAUCAGAAAUCGAAAAUGAAGAUAAAAUUGCCUAUAUUCAUUCAGAUUAUAAAUUUUAAAUUAGUUAAAAUGAAUCAAAAAUUAGAGAAUUAGCAGAAGAAAUUUGUAAUAUGUAAUGAAAUAAUCUUAAAUAGAACAUAAAAAUUGAAUUUGAAUUUAGAAACUAAUGAAAGUUAUAAAAAAAAGAUUGCUUAAUUAAAUUAAUAAUUACAAAAAGAAAAAUAAGUAAAAUUAUUAUAUUUAUUCAAUAGUUGACUCUUAAUUAUUAAUUAUAAUUGGAUACAUUUGUAAAAAGCAGUAAAUAAUGGAAUGAUAGUAUGUAAAAAAUGAAUUCAGACAUAAAAUUAUAUAAAGAAUAAAUUUAAGAAUUACAAUAAUAUUUAGAAUGGUAUACUACAUAAUAUCCAGUGGAUAAAUUCUAAUAAAUGGAGUUUGAGAUUAAAUAAUUAUAAACUAAGAAUAGUGAUUUAUUAGCUUAAUUAGAAGAAGAAAAAUUGUCAAAUUCUUAAUAGCUUUCAGAUUUAUAAUUGUUAAAAUUAUAAUAUGAAAGAAUUGAAUCACAAAAACAUAAAUAAAUUGAAUAAUUGAAUGGUAAGAUUUUUGAAUUAUAAUUAUUGGUCUAAAGACAAGAUUCAAAAGAUUAAUACUAAUAAACAUCUAAUAAAAAAUAAGUUAAAAAAGUUUCAAUUACUCAGAUGCCCAAUUCAGAAUAAGAGCAAGUUAAAUAAACAACUGAUGAUGAUAAUAGCAUUAUAAUUAUUAAAAAGAAUAAUGAGGAUACUUAAGAAUAUGAAAAUAUUUCAAGAUAAAUAAUCAAAUUAGAAUUGAUGUUAGAAGAACUUGAUUAGAAAUACGAUUAAAUUGUAAAAUAAGCAUAAAUUGAAACAGACAUGAGAGUUAAAUAAACAUUAAGAUAAUAAUUAAUUUCAAUUUUGGCUUAAAUUAAGGAUAUAAACUAAUAAAUUAAUCAAUUGAUUUCGUAGUAAAAAUCUUUGAAAACUAAAUUAUGA